AUGGGCUUUGGAUUAUGUAGAUCAAAAAUUAUUAAUGGGAUUGUGGCACUCCACUCGCCGCCAAUGCAGAAGGAUGCCGCCGAAAAGAAGGGAACGCUGCUUCGCUCUGCUGGAUGCGUCGGAUCCCGUAUAACAAGCGAGCUUUUUACCAUUAAAUUAAAACAUGUGGUCGCAAAAUGCUAUCCAGCUCUCUUGUUGCGUAGCAAUAGAAGCCUGCUCAUGCUGCUUUGGCGGCGCUUUUUCGCCUUCUCUUCGCUCUGGACAGGAGCGCUAGUGGACACGGGGAGGGAGCAGGCGAAGCGUGUCGUUCGUAAUGAACAGAAAGAGACCACUACUUCGCCUCUUUGUUGGAGCGCCGGCGCGAACACAGUGGUAUCUGACCAGGACCAGAAACAGAUUAGAAUUUGGAUCUUGACAUGUCGGUGGUUUUUAACCGUGGGCAUCAUGCCAGGAAGUUGGUGGGCUCAUCAUGAAUUAGGUCGGGGUGGCUGGUGGUUUCGGGAUCCCGUAGAAAAUGCUUCUUUUAUGCCUUGGGUAUUAGCCACAGCUCGUAUUCAUUCCGUAAUUCUACCCCUUCUUCAUUCUUGGAUCUCGUUUCUUAAUAUUGUGACUCUUCCAUGCUGUGUCUCAGGAACCUUUUCAAUACGGUCCGGAUUGCUAGCUUCCGUUCAUAGUUUUGCUACAGAUGAUACACGAGGAAUCUUUUUAUGGCGGUUCUUCCUUCUAAUGACCGGCAUAUCUAUGAUUCUUUUCUCCCAGAUGAAGCAGCAGGCAUCGGUCCGUAGAACUUAUAAAAAAGAGAUGGUUGUGGCGCGAAGUACUCUUGUGCACCUCCGUCACUUGGCUCGCGCGCAACCCCGCCCCGUUAUGUUAUGGAAGAAUUUCACUUAUUACCGGGCUGGUUAUUCAGAGCCAGCGGCUGCCGGAUUUCGUCCCGCAACUAAAAGAAGAUCGCUUCGGGGGUCACUGUGGCUGAAUGAAGAGCAGUCCGCCCCUACUGCGUUUGAUCAGUAAAUUCUGGAUAAGUUCGGAAGAUGGUCAAGGUAGCUUGCUUCCAAGCCACUG